UAAAACGCUCUGUCAUCAGUUGAUUUUAACAACCUGGACAACUUUGCGAUGAACUGCAUAUAUGACGGAGCAUCCCUCUAAUCACUCUCAAUCCUCCUCUAACCACUCCCAAGUAUGAGUUUCUGCAAGGACUGCAUCCAAGGCGUACGUCACGAGGGUGAACCUUCAGGAACACUCGAGACCAUCGCUGGUGUCGCUUGCUACGUCGCCACCCCUGCUGCUGAUUAUGCCAAGGACAAAGUCGUCCUCUUCCUACCGGACGCCUUCGGUAUCGAGCUCAUCAAUGCUCAGCUCCUGGCUGAUGACUUUGCCAAAAACGGCUUCAAGGUCGUCGCGAUCGACUAUUUAAACGGCGAUAGUAUUCCUGCUGAUAAGGCCUUGAACGAUAAAUCAUUCGAUUUCUACGGAUGGCUUGCUACACAUAACGCCGAGGCCACUCGCCCCCCACUUGACAAGGUCAUCGCUGCGCUCAAAGAGGAAGGCGUGACCAAGUUUGGAGCCACAGGUUACUGCUUCGGCGGUCGUUACACCUUUGACCUCGCAUUCGACAACGUUAUCCAAUGCGCUGUCGUCUCCCACCCCUCGCUUUUGAAUCUCCCCGACGACCUCGAGACAUACUUUUCCAAAUCAGUAGCGCCUCUCCUGAUUAACUCAUGCGAGAACGAUAGGCUGUUCUCCGCAGAAGCUCAGGCAAAGGCCGAUGAGAUUUUCGGCGAUGGGAAGUUCGCUCCAGGAUACAGGCGCGAAUAUUUUCCUGGAUGCACGCAUGGGUUUGCUGUCCGUGGUGAUUUAAGCGACCCACUGAUCAAGGCUGGAAAAGAGGGGUCGUUCCUGGCUAGCGUAGAGUUCCUCCUGGAGCACCUGUGAGCUGCAUGUUCGUGGCGUUGCAGGAGGUACAAUUCGACCUCAAAUACAAUGAUAAUGAUAUACAAGCACAUUUUACCGUUGUUACA